AUGCCAGACUCCAAUUCCCCGCCAGAGAAUCAGGCAAUUGGUACUUCUCUACCAACAACCGCAACGACAGUGACUUCCUCAGCUACAAGUCCUUCAACGGGGCCAUCUGAAGUGAACGGAGGCGUACCAACAUCGACCACACCGAACAACGCAUGCUAUACCGCUACUACGACGGUUACAGUAGCCACUACAAGCCAAACUCCAACGAGAUCCACAAUAUCCCCAGCAACACUUGCUGGAUCAGUUGUUGGGUCAAUAGUCGCUGCAGCUGCUAUCACAUUUCUGGUCACAUUCGUUCUUCUGCGCAGCAAGCGACGAACGGCUCCGCCCAAGCCUGAAGAGUUCAGCGGGAAGACCAAGGUUGGUGGGCCAAGGGAUCCUGACAGCACCAUCGAGGAGACAUGGGAGCAACAGCUUCUAGAGCAAGCAGAUGACCGGACGAUACGGCAACUCGUUAAGACGGUGCUGGACCUGGCCGAAGUCCACAUCGAGAACCACUACACCGAUCGAAAGAGCUUGGACAUUGACGAGCAAGCGCUACGCGUCGUAAAUUCCCCACAUCUCCCAGCACCCCUGCAGACACUGCUUCGCCGGUCAGCAAGGCCAACAUUGCUGAUGAAGCACUGCCUCGCGCGAAUCCUGCUCGGCGAUUCCAUUGUACCACUCCUCCCAGCUUCAAUGGACCGCCUGCCGCACCUCGUGGGCCAGUCCCAAGAUCCAUCUGUUACACAGGUGCUUGGGCGCUGGCGACGCCUGACCACUUACCUGCACCCGCCGCCCGGUGAUGACGACGACUUCAAGGCUGUCCAGAAAACAGCUAUCGACGAGGCUACACGACAAUUCGCUGUUGCAUUUGCCCCCUGGCAGCGGAACACGAACGAUGCGCUCUGGCAAGCCAAUCUGGAUGCUGUCUUUCAGAACGCCACCAACAUGGCGUUAUUACUUUUUUCGCAGCCAGCAGCCUUCGAGUUCCGCUGGACGCCACCACAGUCCGGGAGUGUGGUUGUGCUGCCUAGCCUGGUCAGGCUGAGUGAUGAGAAUGGCGUUCUGCUGCAUUCGCCGUUGGCUUUGAUUCCGCAGGUGGUGGACCGGCUUUGA